AAAUGUAAUAGGAUUUAAGUGUUGUGAUGAAGUAUAAAAGUGUUUAUUUUAAAGAUGACGCGUAUAGGUAUCAGAGGUGGUGUUACGUGCCCUGGAAGAUGGAGACACGAGCUGAUGAUGAUGAGGCGCCAAAAGACCCUGCAGCCAGGAAACACACGCAUCACGACUACACGGAGCAAGAUUUUGAAGGUCACCGAGCGCACACGGUGUUCGUGGGAGUGCACGUGCCCACGCGCAGACAUUCCCACCGCAAGCACAAGCACCACCACCGCAACGGAGACAAGGAAGAUCGACCUGGCCCAGCAAUAAUGGCUCGAGUUAGAAGACUGAGUGUAACAGACGAUGGAGAGACAUUAACACCACCAGCGCAAAGAGUACAGUUUAUUCUUGGCGAGGAUUUGGACGAUGCUACUCUUGAAUCUCACCCACUUUUCUCCGAAAUGGAGGAGUUGGUCAAAGAGGGCGACGAGCUAGAAUGGAAAGAAACAGCUCGAUGGAUCAAAUUCGAGGAAGACGUCGAAGAAGGCGGCAACAGGUGGUCGAAGCCACAUGUUGCAACACUGUCCUUACAUUCUCUAUUCGAGCUUCGAAGCCUUAUCCUAAAUGGAUCGGUCAUUCUUGACAUGGACGCGAAUUGCCUUGAACAAGUUGCUGACAAUGUACUAGAUAAUAUGGUAGCUGAUGGUUGCCUUGGGUACGAUAGCAGGGAAAAGGUUAAGGAUGCACUUUUGAGAAAACAUAGACAUCAACAUGAGAGGCGACAUCACAACAAUAUGUCAAGGUUACCACUCAUAAGGUCAUUAGCUGAUAUUGGGAGGAACCAUUCGUCUUGCAAAAAUUUCCAGGAGGGCUCUCAACGCUCUAGCUCAAGGAGUUGUCGGGGGUCCACUUCGUCUCCUCAAACCGCCCUCCUGCAGGCUGCCGAUGCCAGAGGCUCUUACCUAGCCGUGCCAGUGGAAGAAGGCGGAACCAGUGGAAACUCCCACAAAGGAGAAUUCAGUCGUUUCCUAGGCAUCCCCACCGCGGGUGGUGCACCAGAUGAAGGCAUGGUAAAAAGUCCGAGCAGUAUCUCGAUGCAUAGAAAUCAUAGUACAGGGGAUUUGCCAAUGAAUGGGGACAUAAAUCAUAAGAGUAAUACAAACUUUAUGAGGAAGAUUCCACAUGGCGCAGAAGCGUCUAAUAUAUUGGUUGGAGAAGUAGAUUUUCUUGAAAAGACGCUAUCAGCUUUCGUAAGGCUAAAAACGGCUACGAUAAUGGGUGAUUUAACUGAGGUCCCUGUACCGACUCGAUUUAUGUUCGUACUACUUGGCCCGCCAAACAGCAACUCAAGCUUUCACGAAAUCGGUCGGGCAAUGGCCACAUUAAUGUCGGAUGAAAUAUUUCAUGAGGUAGCUUAUCGGGCUAAGAAAAGAGAUCACUUACUAGCAGGUAUUGAUGAGUUUUUGGACGCUGUGACAGUGUUACCUCCAGGGGAAUGGGACCCGGCUAUUCGUAUUGAGCCUCCUGCUGCCAUUCCUUCGCAAGAUCCUCGCAAACGUCCUAAUGAUAUCCAUCCAAAAGAAGAGCCAGAUGAAGAGGAGGAAGAUCAGAAACAAAGGGAAGAAUCAGGACUGGCCAGGACGGGCGUACUUUUCGGGGGUUUAAUGAAUGAUCUUAAGCGAAAAGCUCCAUGGUAUUGGUCAGAUUUCAAAGACGCACUAGCAUUACAAUGCGUGGCAUCAUGGAUUUUUCUAUACUUUGCAUGUCUAUCACCUAUAAUUACGUUUGGAGGAUUACUGGGAGAGGCCACGGGGAAAAAUAUGGCAGCAAUGGAAUCACUCAUAUCAGGAUUUGUUUGUGGUAUGGGAUAUGGAUUCUUUUCAGGGCAGCCACUAACGAUAUUAGGUUCAACAGGUCCAGUGUUAGUAUUUGAGACCAUAGUAUUCGAAUUUUGCAAGCAGAUUGGCUGGGACUACAUGUCCUUUAGGUUUUGUAUAGGUACUUGGACUGCAGUGAUUCUGAUCACAUUAGUCGCAAUAGACGCGAGCGCAUUCGUUUGCUACAUCACAAGAUUCACUGAAGAAAAUUUUGCGACAUUGAUAGCGUUCAUAUUUAUUUACAAGGCUGUAGAAAACGUCAUUUCUAUUGGCAAGAAGUAUCCACUCAAUUACGAGUGUUACUGUUUACCAAGUAAUUACUCUAGAGUGCCCGAGCACUUUAAUUGGACGGCUAUUGACAAGGCCUCAUGCCAGCUUUACAACGGAACUUUAGCCGGUGGGGGGUGCGACACCAAAGUUUAUGUGCCAGAUGUUUUCUUGAUGUCCAUAAUCCUCUUUUUGGGCACAUUCAUAAUAUCGGUCAUUCUAAAAGAUUUCAAGAACUCUCUUUUCUUUCCUUCGAAGGUUCGACAGAUCAUCAGCGACUUCUCUGUCAUCAUCGCAAUAUUAUCGAUGUCAUUCCUAGAUUACAAAGUAGGAGUAAAGACACCAAAAUUGGAAGUGCCAUCGGAAUUCAAACCGACUUUGCCAUCAAGAAACUGGGUCAUAACUCCUUUUAAUGGAAACCCAAUGUGGUCUGCGAUUGUUGCAAUAUUACCAGCAUUACUAGGUACUAUAUUGAUAUUCAUGGAUCAGCAAAUUACGGCUGUUAUCGUCAAUCGCAAAGAGAAUAAGUUGAAAAAAGGAUGCGGAUAUCAUCUUGACUUAUUCAUUCUGGCUAUACUAAUACAAGUAUGUUCGAUUAUGGGGUUACCGUGGUUUGUAGCAGCUACAGUAUUGAGCAUCAAUCACGUGAAUUCCCUAAAAGUUGAAUCGGAAUGCGCUGCUCCCGGAGAGAAACCCCGGUUUCUUGGAGUUCGAGAGCAAAGAGUGACCCAUAUUUUGAUAUUUUUAACCAUAGGUUGUUCAGUCUUAUUGACACCUGUGUUGAGACACAUCCCAAUGCCUGUCCUGUUCGGCGUUUUUCUUUACAUGGGAGUAGCCUCACUAAAGGGAUUACAGUUCUUCGACCGCAUUUUGAUCAUGUUUAUGCCACAAAAAUAUCAACCGGAUCAUAUGUUCUUGAGACAGGUACCAAUACGACGCGUUCAUGUUUUCACUGCCAUACAGUUGACUUGCCUGGUCUGCCUCUGGGUGAUCAAGUCGUUUUCGAUGACAUCUAUACUAUUCCCGCUGAUGUUGGUAGUGAUGAUCGGCAUCAGAAAGUCUCUGGAUCUGUUCUUCACCCGACGGGAACUCAAGAUAUUGGAUGACGUCAUGCCGGAGAUGACGAAAAGGAACCAGGACGAGUUGCGCGAGCUCGGCAGCGCUGAGGACACCAAUAAAGGGAAUCCUCCGCCAUACGAGGAAAAUCUUCAAAUUCCGCUAAUCAAUGGAAAUAUCAUGAAUAUACCGUUGACGUCAAUAAACAUAUCAGAGGAGGUAAAUAAGACUGGGAUUUGGAAGCAGGUCAACAACAGCAAUAAAGUAAAGAAAAAUGAUAAAGAUUCGAAAACUAAAACUGGAAAGAAGACAAACAAACAUAAGAAGCUAUCGAAAACCGCACAAUCGGAGAUAGAACGCAGGCUGUCGACGAUGGAUGAAGUAGAGGAGGAUGACCCUUCAAUAAAGAGCGACAUCGUGCGGCGCAAGGAGUCUUGGAGCGGAGGUUUAAAAAAAAGUGAUUCUAGAAAAAAUAGUACGUCUGCUGAAACCUCGGUCUAAGCUUAAUCUAGCCCUAGCCUCAGAUACUGGGAAUUAUAUUGGAGAAGACUGGUAAAAGCGAGAAAAUUAAAUUAUAAAUUGUUUCAAGACCUUGCGUUUUCAAUCUCCUUUUCAAUCGUUUAUUUAAAUCUUCAUCGAGGUUAUCUAACUUUUCUAUGUGUUUGGUCUGAAAAUUAAAGAUAUUUCCCAGUAUUUGGUGGUAAUCUUAUGUCGACUCUACACAUCCCUGAAUUUGGAACUUAUGCGGAUAAUGGUGCUAAUUCCUGUAAACACCAUCUAGUUUUGUCUUAAGUUAUAUCUGUCAUUUUCUUAUCCGCCGAAAAGGAAAGGAACGGGUAAUCGACAAGCAUAAAAUUUAUGGAACACACGUCAAUUUUAAGCACAAAUCUA